CUUCCAAGGAACACACACAACACCACCUCAUCUCCUUCCCUUCCACAUUACUCACUCUAAUGAAAAAAUCUUUUGCCUCCACCGUUAAACAACAUUCCUUAUUCACACACACCUUCCCACUCUCUGUCUCCCAAACAUGGCCGCACCCCUAUCCGUCCCGCCCAACCCCCGCACUGCUCCCACCCCAUCCAGACUCUCUCCCGUAAUUAAGCUCUUCAGCCGCCGCAUGUUAGCCCCACCUCUCCAAGCUAGCUCGCGCGCCGAUGACUCUGCGCCCUUCGAUAUGUCUGUUGAGAAUGCCCUCAAACUGUUGGGAGUCUCCGAGGGUGCAUCUUUCGAUGAUAUUCUCCGAGCUAAGAAUUCUAUUAUUGCUUCCUGUAUAGAUGACCAACAAGCAAUUGCUCAGGUAGAGGCUGCAUAUGAUAUGCUGCUAAUGCGGAGGUUAUCACAACGGAGAGCAGGGAAAGUUGUAAAUAGUGGCAUUCGUUAUGCUGAUGUUAAACCUGUAAAUGGUCCUAAAAUGGGGUCAAUGCCCAACUGGCUUCAGAUUUCUGUGAAAAACUCACCCAUUUCAGUUGAAGCACCCUCAGUUAACGAGUUGGGCGUGCAUGCUGGGGUGUAUGGAGCUCUGAUGGUCUUAACAUAUGUUAAUGGAGCUUCAGCAUCUUCUACUGUACCCUAUGCUGGAGCUGAUGUUCCUGGUCUUGUUUUGGCCACUGGUUUUGGGGCAUCCUUAUACUUGAUGACCAAGAAAAAUGUGAAAUUGGGGAAGGCAACUGUCAUAACGAUUGGAGGGCUUGUGGCUGGUGCAUUGAUGGGCUCAGCAGUUGAGAGCUGGUUGCAGGUUGACAUCGUCCCAUUCAUGGGGAUACACACUCCAGCUACUGUUGUGUGCGAAUUUGUACUAUUCUCACAAUUUUUAAUCUCCUUAUACCUAAGAUAGAACUAGACACGAUUGUAUUGGGCAAGUCUGGGAGGGCAACUGUAAUCUUUGAAUAAGGCUUGCAAUGCUUAUCUAAGAUGUGGAGCUAUAUGCGCAUUGCACAUAUAUAAUGUUAUCACAGAAUCUACCUAGAAACUGUAUCACUUUUGAAAGUUAUAUAAACAUUCGGUAUUAGCACU